AUGCCCCGAAAUGAUUUCCCCGCAGCCAAGCGGAGAAAGGUUCGCAAAGGCACACAAAGCUGCUGGGAGUGUAAGCGAAGGAAGGUCCGAUGCACAGUUGCGUCUGAAAACACCAUUUGCAAUAAUUGUCGACGAAGAGGAACUGCCUGCGUCAGUCAAGAACUCCCAGAAACCCCGGUCCCAUCUGGUAACCAGGUAGACGCUCGACUUGGCCGGGUGGAGGAACUCAUCGAGAUAUUAACUCAGAAUACUGGCCCGAACCAACAUCAAAGCUGUUACCCUGACCAUGCAGCUUCUAUGAACUCUUUGGCGCACGAUGAAGGAAAGUCUAGGCGAAAGGCAGCACCGUCGAUAAGAACCACAGCAAACGCUCAUAAUGAAAUGACAAAUUUACCCCAAGAGCCUCCCUUAAAUACUCCUCGAGGCUGGGGCGGACCCAUGGGAAAAUAUGAGAAAGUGACUCGAGAACUCAUCGCAGCGUGGCCUAGCCAAGAUGAUCUCGACAUUAUUUGCACCCUUCCAGGUGGUCCAACAAUGCGGCUGAUCGGUGACAUAUUUUCACAAAGCUCCAGUGUUUUGGGCGACAUGUUAUCACUCAAAGACGCGCUCAAGUUACCCCCACCAGGUUCUCAUCCAAUCCUAAUUGCGCGUAAAUUUUUCAUGCUUGGAGCAUUCAUCCAUGGUGUUCCACUGUCCAAGAUGCACGAGCUGGGCAGGCUCGGUACUCUCUAUCUUGACAUAAUGUCUCGAGUUGUCGAUACAGCUAUCAGACUUGUGACUACCAACGACGAGCUCAUCUGCUCUGUCGAGGGAAUAGAGUGCAUAAUGAUGGAGGCUUUAUACCAGAACCAUUCCGGGAAUCUUCAUCGAUCGUGGAUGGCUGUGCACCGAGCUACCGCAGUGGCACAAAUGAUGGUCGUGAGCCGUGGUCUCGAUUCACCUUCCCUGAAGUUUCUGGAGUCUGCUACCCGAGCAGUCUUCAACGCAGACCAGAUCUGCUUUCGUCUAGUUCAGAUGGAUCGGUACCUCUCCAUUAUGUUAGGCCUGCCCCCAACGUCCCUGGAGGCAACAUUUGCCACACCAAAAGCUCUGGAGGGAUGUUCUCCCAUGGAUCGCCUGGAGCGAAUUCACUGUCUCGUUGCCGAGCAUAUUCUUAGACGAACCGAGGCCGACCUAAACAACCUCAAUGCAACCCAUGAGGAUGAAAAGCUUCUCCAAAAGAUUGCUGCCGAUAUGCCUGCUCAGUGGUGGUUAACACCAAAUUUCGCACCAAGUAAUGAUGACCCGGAGCUACUUGGCGAUACAGUUCGUCUCGUGGACCAAUUCGCCCAUUACCACCUGCUGAUCCGACUGCAUCUACCAUAUAUGCUCCGCGCCUCAGCCGACCACAGAUAUGACCAUAGCAAGAUCACAGCCGUCACAGCCAGCCGGGAGAUUAUCUCCCGAUAUCUAGCCUUUCGCACCUCAAGUCCCGUCCACUUCUAUUGUCGCGGUGACGAGUGUCUCGCUUUCAUAGCUAUCAUUGUAUUAUGCAUCGCGCAUAUGGAAUCUCGCAAAAAGUGUCAGCAAUCUGCGGAAGCAUCUACUUACAGCACUGUCUUCAAUUUUCUUGCGCACAGUCGCCCCAGCGACCGCGCCAUGAUGGAGCGCACGCUCGAAAUUAUGAAAUCAACUGCCAGCCAUGGUCUUGAUGGAAUCACAUUUAAACUUGCCCGGAUAAUCCACCAUCUACUUGUAAUCGAGGCAAGUGCCGACAGUGGUACCCUGUACAGCACAAGCUCCUCCAAGAGUGACGAGGGGGACCUCGAAUUUGUUGGCAAGUUGACUGAUGGCGGCAAGGCACUACAUAUCCAUAUUCCUUACUUUGGAAGGAUCAAUUUUGAGCGCCGGGUGGUUUUCGAAGAUUCCAUUGUCUCCAUUUCUAAUCAGAUUGAGCAAGACUGUGCGUCCCUACCUCGUUCACCUUGCCCGUUCACAUACCAAAGUGGGGAUCAGCUUGCCAUUGAUAACCCACCACUGCAAUUUCGACAAUUGCCAUCCCCAAAUUCCAAUGAACCCCCAGAAUUUAACGGCGAUUUACCGCCCGAGCAGGUAUACGGACUAGUGGGUGCUCUGUUUGAUAAUUGGGAUCUACAGGGUCUUGAUCUAGCCCUCUUCGAUAGCCUUUUCCGUGGAACGGAAGUUUUCAAUAGGGAAGAAUAG